ACAUGGACAUGAGUCUUCCUUUUCCAUCUAACCUUCUUCUCACUUUCCCAUCUCCUCCUUCUCUCUCUCUAUCUUUCCCCAAUUACAUCUCAAACAAAACAAACACAGCAAACACAUCUUUCUUUCUUUCUUCCAUCUCUUGUAGCUUCGAGCUUCACUCAUGGCUGCCUCAUCCGUUCUAGAUGGAGACAUAGAUAUGGAGAAAGGAGGAAUGAUUCUACAGCCAAGCGACUCUCAAAACGAUCCUUCGCCAACACCUUCACCCUCCGCAACAGCGACCGCGCCAGCUUUGGUUCUGUCCAACUCGGGCAAAAGAAUGGAUCAAGCCGGGAAGAAGAAGUACGUGAAGCAAGUCACGGGUCGUCACAACGACACCGAGCUUCACCUAGCUGCUCAGCGCGGCGAUCUAGCUGCUGUGCAGCAGAUUCUCAAGGACAUUAACUCUCAGAUGGAAGGGACGCUGAGCGGGGAAGAGUUUGACGCUGAGGUGGCGGAGAUUAGGGCUUCGAUUGUGAACGAGGUGAAUGAGUUAGGUGAGACCGCGCUCUUCACUGCUGCUGAUAAAGGUCAUCUUGAUGUUGUCAGAGAGCUGUUGAAGUAUUCGAGUAGAGAGAGUAUUGCUAAGAAGAACCGCUCUGGUUAUGAUCCUCUUCAUAUUGCUGCUAUUCAAGGCCAUCAUGCUAUUGUUGAGGUCUUGCUAGAUCAUGAUGCGACGCUAAGCCAUACAUUUGGACCAUCGAAUGCAACUCCGCUUGUGUCUGCAGCUAUGAGAGGCCAUACAGAAGUUGUGAACCAGCUCUUAUCCAAGGCUGGGAAUCUGCUGGAGAUUUCUCGGUCUAACCAUAAGAAUGCGCUGCAUCUAGCUGCAAGACAAGGGCACGUAGACGUCAUCAAAGCUCUGCUCGCCAAGGAUUCUCAGCUGGCGAGACGUGUCGACAAGAAGGGACAAACUGCUCUUCACAUGGCUGUAAAAGGACAGAGCUCCGAAGUGGUGAAACUGCUCCUCGAUGCAGAUCCCGCCAUUGUUAUGCUCCCUGACAAGUCUUGUAACACGGCGUUACAUGUUGCCACCAGGAAGAAACGAGCAGAGAUUGUGGAGCUGUUGUUGUCACUGCCUGAUACAAACGCCAAUGCUUUAACCCGAGAACGCAAGACAGCACUCGACAUUGCAGAAGGGCUUCCACUCUCGGAAGAAUCUUCGUACAUACAAGAAUGUCUUGCUCGCCGUGGCGCUCUUAGAGCGAACGAGCUUAACCAGCCGAGAGACGAGCUGAGAAGCACCGUCACGCAGAUCAAGAACGAUGUUCAUAUCCAGCUCGAACAGACCAAAAGGACGAACAAGAACGUGCACAACAUCUCCAAAGAACUCAGGAAACUACACAGAGAAGGGAUCAACAACGCGACCAACUCGGUGACCGUCGUGGCCGUGCUGUUCGCGACCGUAGCUUUCGCCGCUAUAUUCACGGUGCCUGGAGGAGACAACAACGAUGGAUCAGCGGUGGUGGUGGGGCGAGCUUCGUUCAAGAUCUUCUUCAUCUUCAACGCGAUAGCCUUGUUCACUUCUCUGGCGGUCGUGGUGGUCCAGAUCACGUUGGUGAGGGGAGAGACGAAAGCUGAGAAGAGGGUGGUGGAAGUGAUCAACAAACUGAUGUGGCUGGCGUCCAUGUGUACGUCUGUAGCGUUUCUUGCAUCGUCGUACAUAGUGGUAGGGCGUAAGAACGAGUGGGCGGCUGAGCUUGUGACGGUUGUAGGUGGUGUGAUAAUGGCUGGUGUUCUUGGAACCAUGACUUACUACGUGGUGAAGUCGAAGAGGACGAGGUCGAUGAGGAAGAAGGUUAAGAGUGCGCGCAGGAGCGGUUCCAACUCGUGGCAUCAUUCGGAUUACUCCAACUCGGAAGUUGAUCCAAUUUUUGCAAUCUAAAGAUGAUGCAAUGAAGAUAUAAUAAUCAUGUAAAUAUAUUUGGUUGAAGAGAGCUUUAGACUUAGACGAUUUUGUGUAUCAAAAAGCCUGAACAAUCAAGAGGCAAACACAAUUUGUCACACAACGUUGUAAAACACUGCUCAAAUCAUUACUAUUCCAAAUUUCAGUUAACAA